AGAACAUGAACGACUGGGUGCCCAUCGCCAAGGAGUAUGAUCCGCUCAAAGCUGGCAGCAUUGACGGCACGGAUGAAGACCCACACGAUCGUGCGGUCUGGCGGGCGAUGCUGGCACGAUACGUCCCCAACAAAGGCGUCACAGGAGACCCCCUUCUCACCCUGUUUGUGGCAAGACUAAACUUGCAGACCAAAGAGGACAAAUUAAAGGAAGUCUUUUCCCGCUAUGGUGACAUCCGGCGGCUUCGGCUGGUGAGGGACUUGGUCACGGGCUUUUCCAAGGGCUAUGCCUUCAUAGAGUACAAGGAGGAGCGUGCCGUGAUCAAAGCCUACCGAGAUGCAGACGGCCUGGUUAUUGACCAGCAUGAGAUAUUUGUGGACUAUGAGCUGGAAAGGACUCUCAAAGGGUGGAUCCCUCGGCGACUUGGAGGCGGUCUCGGGGGGAAAAAGGAAUCUGGGCAACUGAGAUUUGGGGGACGGGAUCGGCCUUUCCGAAAACCCAUUAAUUUGCCAGUUGUUAAAAAUGACCUUUAUAGGGAAGGAAAGAGGGAAAGAAGGGAGAGAUCUCGAUCCCGAGAAAGACACUGGGACUCAAGGACAAGAGAUCGAGACCACGACAGGGGCCGGGAGAAGAGGUGGCAAGAAAGAGAGCCCCCCAGGGUGUGGCCCGAAAAUGACUGGGACAGAGAGAGGGACUUCAGAGAAGACAGGUUCAAGGGAAGGGAGAAGAGGGACAGAAGCAAGUAGGGGAACAGACAGAACAGACCCCUGAGUGAAGAUACAGCGUCAGUAAUCAGUAAAAGCGUCGGGUUCUUGUCUUUAUAAGCAGCGUAAGUCUAAUGGUUGAAUAAAGCUUACGGAUAAU